UCUCUCCUUUUUUUUUAAACAGCUGUUUUAGUCCUCCACCAUCUACCCUCACGUAUCACUCUUUUUUUCCCUGGAUGCUUUAAUAUUCUUCUAGUGUCAUGAGAAGGACCCAGCAAAGGACGUACAUGGAUACCUGAACCAAUUAAGACCAGACGUCGCUGCUUCAGCUUUUUCACUACUGGGCAUCCAGCAGCUCCAGAGUUUGUGGACUUGUUCAGAUCAAAACGGACUUUUAGACUAAUCAAGAAACAUCUCCUUUUCACCCUUUUUUCACUUUAUAUCACAUUUUGUAGCCAAUGUAGGCUUUGUCAUAGACUUUGUCCUGGUUCAUUUUCAAUUUUACAGUAAGUACAUUUCUUAGAUUUGAUAUAAGUCUUUCAACUUUUCUUCAGUAACUGAAUAUCGUUUGCAUAGCUGUCUUUUAUUUUGUCUUUAUUUGUGAGCCAGGCAUCUUUCUUACUUUUCUUGAGUGACUUUUCUUAAUAGUUUUGAUUCAAUAGACAAUUCCUGUGCUCAGUCAUCCAGCCUGGAUUUACAGUAGGACCUACACUUUCAUCCACGGUCUCUGAACCAGUCCUAUUUUUUCCUUACCAAUCCCUCAAACUACUUCAACAGUCAGUCACUCCUCCAUCCAGGGCUAUGAGAGGAAGAGACAAGACCCAGCUCACAUCAACAUGCAGGAGUUGAGGAGAGAAAAUGGGAGUUGGGCUGGCAAUGUUCAAGGGACUGUAUCUUCACUCCUCCGCCAUGCUUGUCAGCCUCCACCUCUCCUCUUCCCCUUUCUCCGACUGUCGCGUCCUGUCUUUCGGCUCCCUGGCUUCUUCCUCCAAACCGCCCCUCUCCCUCUCGCUCCUUCUCCUCUCUCUCUUCUUCUUCCCCACCUGCGAGUCUCGCCGUGGAGGCGGGAUUGGGACGCCCAUCGGAGGCAUGAGCGGCGGCGACCGCAGCCAAGCGAUAAUCAGUCCUCCUCAUUAUCCUCCACCAGGAGUCAAUCCAGUGGGUCCUCCUUUGCCACCAAAGUUUGCUCAAGGCCUUAGCAUCGCAGUGAUCCUUGUGGGAAACUCCAGCGAGGGGUCCCUCUCUGAAGGUCUGGAGAAAGAGGACUUCCUCCACGUGCCUCUCCCUCCGAAAGUCGAAUUAGUCACGAUGAACGAAACCGACCCCAAGAGUAUCAUAAACCGCAUUUGUGCUCUGAUGUCACGGAACUGGCUCCAGGGUGUGGUGUUUGGGGACGAUACCGAUCAGGAGGCCAUCGCCCAGAUAUUGGACUUCAUCUCGGCUCAGACGCACAUCCCCAUCCUGGGCAUCCGUGGAGGCUCUUCCAUGAUCAUGGCAGCCAAGGUAUGA